AUUAUUCUGCUAAUUUAAAUUUAGUAAAUUGGUAUUUAAUUCAACGCGCUACGGUUUUAUGCGUUUUUAAAGUGUUUUUUAGAGUAUGUGUAUGAAUAAAUUUUGUGCCAAAACAAGUUUGAGUACAAAUAUAUAAAUAUAUAUGUACAUGUGUAUAAAUGUAUAUACAAAAUCGAAUCAAAAUAAACCAUGUUCUGUAAAGCAGUUCGAGUGUUAAUUGAGUGCAUUCCAUUGAGCUACUUUGAGUGAGAAAUAUUCGAAUAUUCAUUAACUGGAAAAUAAAAGCAAUUGUAGCUGACUGUAGCUGAUUAAGCUGCCACUGAAUCACAUUCAUAUCGAGUUUAGCUUACAAAGGGCCGCAGUCGCAUCUGGAGCUCAGUUCGAUGUUGAUACGAGUGCAACAGCGGGAACAGCAGCUGAAUAAGAAAGGAAAAAGCCACCCACUCACCCACACACAUACACACACACACACGGAGCAUGAGCUGGACAUGGAGCGGACUGUUGCUGCUGGCAUUGCUGGCGCUGGCUCAGUCUGAGAUCAUUGAGCUGAACAGUGAGGCGCCUGAAGGACCCAACGUAUGCAAGAAGCGCGAAAACUACGAUGUGGAGGUGGUCGUCACGGAGCUGCAGUCGUUCCAGGAGCGCGGCUCCACCUGGUGCCUGAGCAUACCGCCCAGCUGCCCCACCUACCGCAUCAGGCAUCGCAUUGUGAACAAGACCCAGAUCGUGCCCAAGACGCGCAUUGUGCGCGACUGCUGUGAUGGCUAUGUGCGCAGCGGCAACGAGUGCAUCCCGCACUGCAGCGAGCCCUGCCAGCACGGCCGGUGCGUCGCGCCCGAGAAGUGCAAGUGCAUCGAAGGCUACGGAGGACCCGCCUGCAACAUAAAUUGCUCGCCCGGCCUCUAUGGCAUCGACUGCAAGCUGAAGUGCGACUGCCUGAACAACGCCACCUGCGAGCCGUACUCGGGCCAGUGCGAGUGCGCGAAGGGCUACACGGGCGAGAGGUGCGCGGAGACGUGUCCGCCCCAGCGCUACGGCGAGAAGUGUGCGGAGCUGUGCCGCUGCGAGAACGGCGGCAGCUGCGAUCACGUGUCCGGCAAGUGCUCCUGCGCGCCCGGCUUCACGGGACCCCUAUGCGACAUGCGCUGCCCGGACGGCAAGCAUGGCGCCCAGUGCGAGGAGGACUGCCGCUGCCAGAACGACGGCAAGUGCGAUCCACAGACCGGGGCCUGCGAGUGCACCGCCGGCUGGACGGGCGACGUGUGCGCCAACAAGUGCCCGACGGGCAGCCACGGGCUCAACUGCGAGCUCUCCUGCGAGUGCUACAACGACGCGCCCUGCCACCACAUCACCGGCCGCUGCGAGUGCCCGCCGGGCUACAUGGGCGAGGUGUGCAUGGACGAGUGCCCGCUGAACACCUACGGCGUGAACUGCACGGAGCGGUGCAACUGCGAGCACGACGCCGGCUGCAGUCCGACGGGCAAGUGCCAGUGCGCGCCCGGCUGGAAGGGCGAGCGCUGCGAGCAGCGCAUUUGCGAGCCGAACAAGUGGGGCUCCGACUGCAGCAAGACCUGCGAGUGCGACAUGGAGCACACGGAUCUCUGCCACCCGGAGACGGGCCGCUGCGAGUGCAGCAUCGGCUGGAGCAGCGCCCAGUGCAAUCGGCCCUGCGCCUUCCUCAAGUUUGGCCUGAACUGCGAGCAGAACUGCGACUGCAGCAACGGGGCCAAGUGCUCCGCCGUGAACGGCACCUGCCUGUGUGCGCCCGGCUUCACCGGCGACAAGUGCAAGCAGAGCUGCCCGGCGGGCACCUACGGCCAGGACUGUGCCUUCAACUGCGACUGCCAGAACGGCGCCAAGUGCGCCCCGGAGACGGGCCAGUGCCUCUGUGCGCCUGGCUGGCGCAACAACAAGUGCGACAGGCCCUGCGAUCUCAACAACUACGGCGAGGGCUGCCGCCAGAGCUGCGAGUGCCAGAACAACGCCUCCUGCAAUCCCAUCGACGGCACCUGCACCUGCCCCGCCGGCUGGACGGGCCGCCACUGCGAGCAGAAGUGCGAGCCGAACACCUUCGGGCUGGACUGCGCGCACCUCUGCCAGUGCGACAAGUACAACACGAUUGCCUGCGAGGCGGCCACCGGUCGCUGCAUCUGCAAGCAGGGCUGGCGAGGCGUUCAUUGCGAGACGAACUGUCCGAGCGGUUACUAUGGUGAAAAUUGUGAUCAAGUUUGCAGAUGCCUGAACAACUCCUCCUGCGACUCGGAGACCGGCAACUGCAUCUGUGCGCCCGGCUGGACGGGCGAGGACUGCGCCGAGCCCUGCCCCGAUGGCUUCUACGGCAUGGAGUGUAAGGAGCGCUGCCCCACCAGCAUGCAUGGCAAUGCCACCUGCGACCAUAUUACCGGCGAGGUUAUCUGUCGGCCCGGCUACUUGGGUCUCACCUGUGAGCACGCCUGCCCGCCGGGCCUGUACGGGCCCAACUGUAAGCUGCAGUGCAACUGCGAGCACGGCGGCGAGUGCAAUCAUGAGACCGGGCAGUGCGCCUGCCUGCCCGGYUGGACGGGCUCCAAUUGCAACCAGUCGUGCCCCCAGGACACCUACGGGCUGGGCUGCACGCAGCGGUGCCGCUGCCAGCACCAUCGCACCUGCCGCAAGAACGAUGGCUACUGCAUCUGUCUGCCCGGCUGGAUGGGGGAUCAGUGCAACUACAUCUGCCCCGAAGGCUUCUACGGCGAGCACUGCAUGAAUCCCUGCGCCUGCCCCUCGUCCAAUUUCCAGUGCCACGCCGCCGAGGGCUGUGUCUGCCGCAGCGGCUACACCGGCGCCAAUUGCGACGAGCUGAUAGCCUCGCAGCGCGUGGCCGAGCACGCUGAGUCGAAUAAUGCGAGCGUGGCUGUGAGCACGGUGUUCCUAGUGCUCCUCUUCAUCGGCAUCAUUGUCGGAGUCCUCUUCUACUAUCGCCGACGCGUGUCCAAUCUGAAGACGGUGAUACAACAUGUCCAGUACACGCACAACCCGAGUGAGUCGGGCUGGCCUCCCAAUCACAACUUUGACAAUCCCGUCUAUGGCAUGCAAGCGGAGGCCAGCCUGCUGCCCAACCACCUGCGACCCAAGAUGAACAACUUGGACCAGAAUGGCACACUGUGCACCGACUAUGGUGACGAUUCAAAUGCGAGCAACAGAGUGGGCAGCUACUCCAUCAGGUAUAAUCACGAGCUUCUGAACAAGAACUUGAAUGCGGACCUGACCAAUCCGAAUGUGUACAAUGACAUGCUUAAGGAGGAGCAUGUCUACGACGAGAUCAAGCACAAGGAGGGCUACAAGGAUCCCGAUGAGUACGAUCAUCUGGACUAUUCACGUCCCAGCACUUCGCAAAAGCCGCACUAUCAUCGCAUGAACGACACAAUGCUGAACAUUAACAACGACGAGGAGAAGCCCAGCAAUGUGAAGAACAUGACCGUAUUGCUGGAGAAGCCCGAGCCACCAACUGAGCCGGAGCCACAGCACGAAAGUUUCGACAAUAUCAAUUUGGAUGACGCCUCAACAGCAUCGCCCAGUUCCAGCCCAGAGCUGCGAAAGUAGGCGUUAGUCAAGACUUCAGUUAACKAUAUUUGAAGAAGUUUGUAAUGUU